AUGGGUCUCGGCAGCGCUACCUCGACGUCGGCGCUGUUCGAGCGGGUGCUGGUCGAGGUGCCUGGUGGCGUGCUGGACAGGCUGUCGAACGAGGACAAGACCAGCCUGGCUGGAGUGCGAUGGAGCGCGUUGGAGGCGGUGCUGCGGGGGAGCGACGCGACGCUGAAGGUGGACCCGGGCCGGCCAGUGCUGUACGUGCUGGCGCGGGUUCUCAAGGGGGGGGGAGUGUCGCGGACAGAUCGAGUAUGGGGGCGUGGAGGUGCCGGCGACGGUGGCGGGGUCGUUCGCGGCGGCGUUGAGGGACACGGGUGGCGUCCGUGA